ACCGCACCACAAACUUACAUCCCAAUUCCUUUCUGCUCUUUCCUAAUAUCAUGGCCGAAUAUUUUGUCUUAGAUAUUGCUGAAUCACUACUAGGGAAGCUUGCUUCUUCUGUUUAUGGACAAGCUUCUCGUGCCUAUGAUGUGUAUGAGGAUGUGCAAGGGAUCAAAGACACCUUGUCAAUUGUGAAAGGUGUGUUGUUGGAUGCUGAGGAGAAGAGGGAGCAGCAGCAUGGGUUGCGUGAAUGGCUCAGCCAGAUUCAAAACGUAUGCUUAGAUGCUGAAGAUAUAUUGGAUGGAUUUCAGUGCCAAAACUUGAGAAAGCAAGUUGUCAAAGCUUCAGGCACCACCAGAAUGAAGGUAGGCCACUUCUUUUCUUCCUCUAAUUCUCUUCUUUUACGUUUUAAGAUGGCUCGUCAAAUCAAAUAUAUUAGGCAUAGAUUGGAUAAGAUAGCAGCUGAUGGCAACAAGUUUGGUCUUCAGAGGAUUCAUGCUGAUCACAGACUUGUGCAAAGGAGGGAAAUGACUUAUUCCUAUGUUGAUGCUUCAGGGGUUAUAGGAAGGGAGAAGGAUAAGGAAGCCAUUUUAAAACUUUUAAUGCAGCCUCAUCCUCUUGGUGAUGGUGAUAAAAGUCUUUGUGUUAUUCCCUUAGUGGGUAUUGGAGGCUUGGGGAAGACUACACUUGCAAAGUUGGUGUUCAAUGAUAAGAGGAUGGAUGAACUUUUCAAAUUGAAGAUAUGGGUGUGUGUCUCAGAUGAUUUUGACAUUAGGCAGAUAAUUAUUAAAAUUAUCAACUCUGCCUCUGCUUCAGCUCCAAAUAUUGCUUUUGCUCACCAAGAAAACCUUAACAGCUUAGAUAUUGAGCAGUUACAAAGUCGUCUUAGACACAAGCUUUCUAGUCAGAAGUAUUUACUAGUUUUGGAUGAUAUAUGGAGUGAUGACCGUACAAAAUGGAUAGAGUUGAAAGAUUUAUUGAAGGUUGGUGCAGUGGGAAACAAAAUCAUAGUGACAACACGAAGCAACACAAUUGCUUCAAUGAUGGGCACUGUUACCCCGUAUGUUUUAGAAGGUCUUUCUAUGGAAAAUUGUUUAUCUCUGUUUGUCAAAUGGGCAUUUAAGGAAGGCGAAGAAACAAAAUAUCCAAAUUUAGUGGAGAUAGGAAAAGAAAUUGUGAAAAAAUGUCGAGGAGUUCCAUUGGCGGUUCGAACUUUAGGAAGUUCCCUAUUCUUAAAUUUUAAUUUAGAACGGUGGAAAUUCGUAAGAGAUCACGAGAUAUGGAACUUAAAACAGAAAAAAGAUGACAUUUUACCUGCUCUCAAGUUAAGCUAUGAUCAAAUGCCAUCCUAUUUGAGGCUCUGUUUUGCUUACUUUUCCCUUUUUCCUAAAGAUUUUUGUUUUUCUGAUGCUUGUGUUACUGAUCUUUGGGGGGCACAUGGAUUACUUAGAUCUCCAGUUGGAAGUCAAAAGAUAGAGAAUAUAUCUAGACUAUAUAUAGAUGAGUUACGUUCAAGAUCAUUUCUAGAGGAUUUUGAGGACUUAGGCGCCCACCUUUACUGUUUCAAAGUACAUGAUUUAGUACAUGAUCUUGCACUGUACAUUGCCAAGGGGGAGCUUGUAGUGGUCAACUCCCAUACUAGUAAUAUACCUGGGCAAGUAAGGCAUUUAUCAGUUGUUGAAAAUGAUUCACUUAGCAAUGCUUUGUUUUACAAGUCCAGAAGGGUGAGGACUAUACUUUUUCCCAUCCAUGGGGUGGGUGUUGACAGUGAAUCUCUUUUGUAUACAUGGAUAACAAGAUACAAAUACUUACGGGUUUUAAGUUUAAGUGAUUCCCGUAUUGAGACUCUGCCUAAUUCAAUUGGUAAAUUGGAGCAUCUGCGAGCUCUCUGUCUUGAAAAUAACAGAAAAAUAAAAAGACUUCCUCAUUCUAUAUGCAAACUCCAAAAUUUGAAAUUUUUGUCCCUCAGAGGAUGCAUGGAGCUUGAAACAUUGCCUAAAGGAUUAGGAAUGUUAGUCAGCCUUCAAAGAUUGCUCAUAACCACAAAACAAUCUAUUCUGCCAGAAGAUGAGUUUGCAAGCCUUAACAAUCUUCAUACUUUGAGUUUUGAAUAUUGUGACAAUUUGAAGUUUUUGUUCAGAAGGGCACAACUCACAUCCCUUAAAGUUUUGCUUGUUCAAUCAUGUGGGUGCCUUGAGUCCUUACCUCUUCAUAUUCUCCCAAAACUGGAAGUUUUGUUUGUAAUAAGGUGCAUGACGCUAAAUCUGUCGUUGAACUGUGAAAGCCCAAACCAUAGUUUGAGGAUGAAACUUCUGCAUCUUGAGCAUUGUCCAAGGCAACAGACAUUGCCCCAAUGGAUUCAAGGAGCCGCAGACACUUUGCAGAGAUUGUUCAUUUUAAAUUGUGAUAGUCUUGAGGUGCUUCCUGAGUGGCUGACAAGAAUGAGUCAUCUUAAGAUGCUCCAUAUUUUUAACUGUCCUCAGCUAUUGUCUCUCCCAAAUGACAUGCAUAGCCUCACUGCCCUUGAAGAUUUGAGCAUAGAUGGUUGCCCUGAAUUGUGUCGAAAAUGUGAACCACAAUCUGGUGAGUACUGGUCCUUCAUCUCUCACAUCAAACGCUUUUCCAUUGGAGAAACAAGAGAAGAGAAACUUCUUUUUCGAAUGCGGUCGCAGCUGCGGUUGAGAUUGCGCAAUUAGUAAGACUGAAAUGUUGCAUAGGCAUGGAGACUACAACAGUGAAGAGAAGAUCAUCCUUCUAAUGUGAUUUUGUUUUCUGUUUUUCAUUUUGUGAGAUCAAGUUUCAUUUGUGCAGUUCCGAACUGCCCCUGUGAACAAAGGUUUCGGUUCAAAAUUGAUUGCAGGGUUUAGGGUUUAAUAAACUUAUUCAACUUAAUAGUACAAUAUCUACUAAAUCAACUUAAAUUUCCGGCCGUGGUGCUUUUUGUGAAGGAGGUCUUAUUGUUAUGGGAUCUGAGGCUGUCAU